AUGUCCUAUGUUGUACUCACCGACAUCAAGCGAUUGAUUCGAGAGGAGGCAAAGAACCAGGUCGUAAUGAGCCCCUACAACGUGGUUUACGACGGCAGGCGCCUCAUUGCAUGGCAGCAAGGAGAGGGGAAGUCAAACCGACAACUUUACCUCAGCAGAGGCCUCUAUUACGUUGCCUGGUUGAGUGGCACCGACCACGAGCAUGACAGCCAGUUCUCGUCGAUGACAAUGUCCACCAUUGCCUUUGGUGUUCACCAUCGGCCAGUCAACAAUGGCAACUUCCACCAUCCGGGUACUACAAAGUUGUUCAAGGGUUCAUCAGCCUGCUAUGGUUUUCUAUCGGAUAAUACUAUUGUCGAGAUAUACUCCUGCAAGACAAAUUCCUGGAGGAGGACGAAGUAUGAAUUCAUUCCUUAUGUUACCUCUAGAGGACUUUUUCUGAAUGGAUCUCUGCAUUGGCUAGUAGGAAGAGAUCGUAGUGAUUUGGACAGUAUGAUCGUCUCUUUCAAUGUUGCGGACGAGACAUUUGGGAGGCUGGUGUCCCCACUGUUGCUCGAUCUGGAUACAGUUCUUGAAGGUAUAAUGAUUUUAGAAGAUUGUCUCUUUGUAUAUCCAGAUAACUGGACUGGAUUCAAGAGUUUCACUUUUGAGGGUUGGAUACUGAGAGACUAUCCAGUAAAAUCAUCUUGGACUAGGUAUUGCAGCUUUUUGAUCGAGGAGUCCCCUGCUCAGCACUAUUUAUGAGACCCACUUUGGUUUCGGAAGGAUGGGAAAGUUCUCUUUCAUUUAGGGCAUGUGGAGCUAACUAUAUUUGAUCCAGACAAAGGUACAAGGGAUUGCCUUAAGAUCGGCGAGUUUCCCUGCAAUUUGAUUACGAGGAUUAUGUUGAGAGUCUAAUAUCUCCUUUUACAAGCUGUCAAGUCAGGAGAUCCAAGGAAGCCUAUUAAAGGCUUUAGUGGUUGGUCACGGCUUCGUUAUUGCCUGGACAUCAUUCACCAAUGAGUAUCACAUAUUUUGGUUAGUGCGUGUGAAUUCAAAGUUAUCUGUGAACCAAACUAUUGGGACUUCUAGAGCCCAUCCUAGCAUGGUCAAUUUGUCACAAGAAGACAACGUAAUGACCUAUCGACCCCGUGCUCUGCCCCAAGCUUUGGAGGACCAACCCCGUUUUGCUGUACUGCCACCAGAGGG